AUGAUUCCAAAACCAGGAAAAAACUUAACAUUACCGUCUUCAUAUAGACCAAUAAGUCUUUUACCAAUGCUGUCAAAACUUUUUGAACGAAUGCUUCUCGGGAAGAUAACAACAUAUCUACAGCAAAAUAACAUAAUACCUCACCACCAGUUUGGUUUUCGUGCCAAACAUGGCACCAUCGAGCAAGUGAAUCGCAUAACAAAUGAGAUUAGGAAAGCAUUUGAAGAUAAAAAAUUCUGCUCUGCUAUAUUUCUUGAUAUAGCACAAGCUUUUGACAAGGUUUGGCACGCUGGACUUAUUUAUAAAAUCAAGGAACUCACUCCUGACUACUCUCACAAAAUACUAGAGUCAUAUCUUCAGGACAGGAAAUUCCAUAUAAAAGUUGGAAGCCAUACAACAGCUAAUCUAGACAUAAAGGCUGGAGUUCCUCAAGGCAGUGUUCUAGGUCCAAUACUUUAUAUCCUGUUUACUUCGGAUAUACCAAGCAACUCUCGUCUUAUGACAUCUACGUUUGCUGAUGACACUGCUGUCCUUAGUUCUCACCAAAAUAGAUUCAUAGCAUCUAGGGACUUAAUUGAACACCUCGAACUCAUUGAAACAUGGUUAGCCAACUGGCGCAUUCGUGUAAAUGAAAGUAAAUGCACACAUGUAACAUUUACCCUACGUAAGGAUACAUGUCCCCCAGUAACCUUCAACGGCAUCACCAUUCCGCAAUCAAACACCGUAUCGUAUCUGGGUGUUCAUUUGGAUAGGAGACUAACUUGGCGUAAACAUCUAGAAGCUAAGCGAACGCAAAUAAAACUUAAGACGCAAAAAAUUCACUGGUUAUUGCAUAAUAAUUCCAAGUUACGGCUAAACCACAAAGUGUUACUCUACAAUAGUUUACUUAAGCUAACUUGGAAGUAUGGCGCUGAACUAUGGGGUAAUGCAUGUUCCUCCAACAUUGAACGACUAGUGAAAAACUAUCAGCCCAAGAAAAAAGAGGAGGAAGAUAAUGAAUUCUCUUCUUGGCAGGCAUUUCGAAAUGUGCUGAAAGAAAUCGGUGAUUUAGCGGGACAACGUGAAGUUGUUGCUGAAUCACUACAAUUACAAAUUAUACAAGCGGUAACGCUGCUAUCAAAAACAUUAAGAGAAGAAAGAAAAAAAUGUUUAAAUGACGGCACAACACUACAACAGAACCUUAAUUAUCAAUUAGGUGCACUAGAACGUGCAAAACGUAACUAUGAAAAAGCCUAUAGGGACUCAGAAAAGGCCAUAGAAAGUUAUAAAAAGGCUGAUAUGGAUUUUAAUUUAAGUAGAGCAGAAGUGGAACGGCACAAAAAUGUUAUGACCCAAAAAAUACAACAGUCCGAUGAUGCAAAAAAUGAAUACGCAAAUCAAUUACAAAAAACAAAUAAUUUACAACAACAACAUUAUAAUGUGAUGCUACCUGCGGUAUUUAAUCGUUUACAAGAGUUAGAUGAGAAACGCACUCGAGGUAUACGGGAGUUUAUAGUUGGUGCUGCUAAAGUUGAAUCAGAGGUAGCACCUAUAAUAGCUAUAUGUAUGCAAGGUAUUGUUAAAGCCGGCGAGUCAAUAAAUGAAAAAGAAGAUUCCUUUAAAGUCAUAGAGAGGUAUCAAUCUGGUUUUACGCCACCAAUCGAUAUACCGUUUGAGGAUUUAUCUAAACAAGAUCACGAUACAUCACAAGAUUCACACUACAGUAAUAUGCAGUCAAACCAUUUAACAAUGAAAGGCACUAUGAGUGCGAAUAAACUUAAGAAACGUGUAGGAAUAUUCAAUAUAUUUGGUAGUAAUAAGAAUUCAUUAACUGCGGACGGCCAAAAGGAAGAUUUUAGUGAUUUACCACCGAAUCAGCGACGUAAAAAGCUACAAGCUAAAAUUGCUGAAUUGCAACAAAAAAUCAGUCAAGAAACAGCUGCACGUGAUGGUCUAAUGAAAAUGAAAGUCGUUUAUGAAGCAAACUCAUCGCUAGGAAAUCCAAUGACAGUGGAAGGACAACUGAACGAAUCCGAGCACAAAUUGGAAAAGUUAAAAAUAGAUUUAAAAAAAUAUCAAGGAUAUUUAGAAAAAGCAAAUCAAGUACCCAUGGCGAAUAAUAGUCCGCAAGCGAACCGUAAUACUUUCCAAAAUGGUCACAGAACAUCAAGACAUUCCAAUGGUAGCACCGAAGAUAAUAAUGAUGAAGGUGAUGACCAGCCUGAUGAUGCUGGCAGUUUAAGCAGGUCAGAUUCAGAGGAUAAUGUGGCGCAAAUACAAAAUGGGCAUAAUAAUAACAAUAACGGUGAAAAGAAUGAAAUUAUUGUUCCUCAAAAGAACACGAUAUAUCCGUGCUUGAAGACACUUCGAAAAGAUACAAGACUCUUGCAUCAGUAGGUAUUAAAAUUGUAGAAUUUUGGUGACAUAUCAUAGUAUAAUAUCCAAUGACUUAUCGUCUGAAUUGUUUGUUUGCUGAUUCGUUUGUAUAAUCGUUAUAUUAUGCAUUU